GUUUAUCUGCUCUCAGAUGCCCAAUCAGGUUCUUCAGAGCAUCAGCAUCAUCGACACUCCUGGUAUCCUCUCGGGAGAGAAACAGCGAAUCAGCAGAGGUUAUGACUUUGCGGAGGUCCUGCGUUGGUUCGGCGAGCGGGUGGACCGGAUCAUUCUGCUGUUCGACGCUCACAAACUCGACAUCUCCGACGAGUUCUCCGAGGCCAUCAGAGCCUUCAAAGGACAGGACGACAAGAUCCGCGUCGUCCUCAACAAAGCCGACCAGGUGGACACGCAGCAGCUGAUGCGUGUGUACGGCGCCCUCAUGUGGUCACUGGGCAAAGUGAUCAACACUCCAGAGGUGGUGAGAGUUUAUCUGGGAUCCUUCUGGGCCAAACCCCUGCAGAACACAGAGAACAGACCCCUGCAGAACUCCAAGAACAGGCGUCUGUUUGAGGCGGAGUCUCAGGACCUCUUCAGGGACAUCCAGAGUCUCCCGAGAAACGCAGCCCUCCGUAAACUCAACGACCUCAUCAAGAGAGCGAGGCUGGCCAAGGUGCACGCUUACAUCAUCAGCUACCUGAAGAAGGAAAUGCCGUCUCUGUUUGGGCGGGAGAAGAAGAAGGAGGAGCUGAUCAUGAGGCUGCCGGAGAUCUACACCAUCCUGCAGAGAGAGCACCACAUCAGCCCCGGAGACUUCCCCAACGUCGCCAAGAUGCAGGAAAUGUUGCAGCACUACGACUUCAGCAAGUUCCCGUCUCUGAAGAUGAAGCUGAUCGAGUCGGUGGAUAAGAUGUUGGCCUCAAAGAUCGCCGUUCUGAUGGCGAUGAUCCGGGAGGAGGAGUCGAAGGCGCCGCCUGCGAUGGUGUCCGGCGGCGCCUUCGAGGGCUCCCAGGACGGUCCCUUCGGUCAGGGCUAUGGCGAGGGCAUCAGCGCUGGGGCCGACGCCGAGGACUGGAUCGUCAGCCGCGAGAAGCACCGCUACGACGAGAUCUUCUACAUGCUGAUGCCCGUCAACGGCAAGAUCACCGGCGUCAACGCCAAGAAGGAGAUGAUGAACUCGCGGCUGCCCAACACCGUGCUGGGGAAGAUCUGGAAACUGGCCGACUGUGACCGGGACGGCAUGCUGGACGACGAGGAGUUCGCCCUCGCCCAGCACCUCAUCAAGAUCAAACUGGAGGGCUACGAGCUGCCCACCGAGCUGCCCGACCACCUGGUGCCCCCGUCCCACCGCAAAAACGCCACCGCAGACGCCCUGUACAACCACAGCGAGGACUAGAGCGCUAGCAGGAGCCGAGCUAGCCGCCAAAGACUGGGUCCAAAUGUAAAAAAAUCAACAUUUCUGCUGCUGACGUUCUGACUAACAGGAGAACCAAUCAGCAAACUGACAGCUAGAGAAGGUCAAAGGUCAAAGUUUAGGAUGUACACACCGAGGAGCUCACCACUGUUUUCCAACCAUCUAUCGCUAAUCACACGUUUAAAUAACCGGCCAGCAGACAAACACGACAAAAGUGACUGAACGCUACAGGAAGUCAAAGUAUAUUACACUUUUAUUUUGGUAAGAUUUUAUAUAUUGUACAAUUCAGCUGCUUUCAAAGCACCAAAGAAGAAGAAAUGAUAAUGUAGCUUCACAUUUCACUAAGUCUGCUUUUAUCUGGAUACUUUUAUUUUGAAAGAGGACAGUAUUUGAAAGAAAUAUCUUGAUAUUUAACCAACUUCCUGCCUUACCUUCCCUUCGUAUUACGCCUCUGAACGUCUUUAUACUGAUUUACUGUAAGUUUCCUUUUUGCUCCUUAAUCCAAUCUCCAAAAUGAAUCUGGAAACAGUUUAAGAAAGUUUCACCAUUUCCAAAAAGAUAAAAGGUUUUAUUCAAUCUAAUGUACCUUUUUUUUAAAUUCAUUUUUGAAUAAUUUACUCUUUUAAAAUGUCCACAAUAAUGUCAAACAUACAUAUAUUAUAUAUUUUAACGAAAAUCAUUUUUUAAAAUUUAAAUAUUUUAGUGCAUUUUAUUUACAUUUCCAUAAAUAUUGUUGCUCAUAUUUCAUCAUUUUAACAUUACAAAUGACUUCCUAAGUCCCAAGUUUCCUGUAGUUAGAUAUGCUACGUGCUAAGCUAAUCUAUGUUGAAAAGACAACCACAUUUUGAAGAUGGUUACAAUAUCCAUAUAUAUAUAUAUAUAUAUAUAUAUAUGUUUAACUGUUAUUGGAGCGCAGAGCAAAAAGGGGCGGGGCUUAGGAAGGGUCGAUUUAUCAGAAUUAUCAUUUGAUUUCUGUCGGUGACGGUUAAAACAACUUUUACUGAAGAAAAAAUUAUAUAAAAAUGUAAAAUAACCUGAUUCAGAUCAGAGAAACCAAGUCCAUGUUUUAGAGCAGGAAGCCGUUACUUACCGCUUUCUUCACGUGACACACGGGUGCAGAAUGAGUCCCAGAACCAGGACAUGGGGGGUUACGGGGGUUGUCGGGGGUCAAAGGUCAGAGUCUGUCGUGUUUGAACAGCACACAGUCAGGAGGAGAUGACAGUGGAAACGGCCGCUGCAGCUCGCUGUUAACUCGUCCUCCAGGACGGACAGCGUCCUGACUUGUGUUGCCGUCGACAGUUUGUGUCAGUUUCCUCACAUUGUAAACAGCAGCCGAGAGGAGGAGAGUCGGUGACCUCUGACCCCUGCUGACUGCACAGUGUCCUCCUUAUGGAAACAGCUUUAUUUGUUUUAUCUAUGGAGCUUAAAAAAAAACCCAGCUACUUCCUACACGGUCCGAAGAUUGUUAACAACCGAGGCAGAAAAAUACUCUAUGAGGCCAAAAGUAUGUGGACACCUUAAAUAUUAGAAAAACAUGUUUGUUAAACUGCCGCCACUCUUCUGGUUUCAGUAUUUCCUGCUGAUGUUGCUCCAAUUCAGACACCUGAGCAUUAAUGAGGAUCAAUACUGAUGAUUGGUGAUAAGAUGUGUUGGUGGUCCAGUUCAUUAAGAGUUUCCUUCAUUGAAACAAGCCAGUAAACACAGACCAGGGGUGUCCACAUACUUUUGGCCACAUAGUCUGCAUGUAAAUUUACACCAUAAUAAUCUUUAAAAACGCAAAUUGCAUCAGUAUAAACUAACCCAAAACUAAAAAUAUCCAUAUUAAAACUCAACAAUACAACAACUGACUUUUCACUAAGCCCCGCCACCAUUAGCUUAUGUUGCUACGCCUGUAAAUCUUACAUUAUUGAUCAGGUUUACAGCGAUAACGUUGGCAUCAAAAUUCAUAUUAAUAUUUUAAACAAAUAAUUUCAUAGUCAAACAAAAUGAGCUUCUCACUUCUCACAGCCAGCGACAAUCAUUAGUAGUAAUUUAGUUGCUUGCUAAAACAUGCUUACAUUACCAGCGUAAGCUUAAUAAACAGAGCUUUAAUCCAUUCCUUACACUUUAGCUGUUUUAGCUGUUUUUAAAAUAUGACAACACUGCAAACUAGAAUGUUUUUACGGUUGCUAAGCUGUUAUUGGAUAAUUACUGUAGCUGGACAGGUUUAGCAAAGCUGUAAAUUUUCCAUUUUCUGUUAAAAAGAGUCAAAAAGAGUCAAAAGUAGCAGCGAAUCUUGCUCUGAAUGUGCCUUUAAGUACAACAGGAAGUUUAUUUUGUGAGCUGCCUAUUAGCUGCCAGAUGCUAUAAUAUAUCUCAAGGUGUAUUAAGACUGAAUUUGAAGCAUAUUUUCGCCUUGCGUUGUUCUCUUAAAUUCAAUAGCUUUUUAGUGUUUUAUAAUCAAACAGCCAAUGUUCAGACUGUACAGACAGUAGCUGUAGCUAGCCAGCAACGAAUGCUCCAGCUGUGUGUUUGAGGACGAUGUUAUGAUGAGCACAAAUGUAUCUUUUUGUUGACUUUAUAUGAACACACGCUCUAAAAUUUGCUCUGCGUUCAGUCUGAACACACCUUGAGACAUUUAACGCGGAUUUCAAAGCUACACUGUAAUUCAAUAAGUUUACUUAACUCAAAACAAUUGUUUAAACGAAGUACAAAGAACAUUUUAAGUAACAAACUCAAUUUUAUAAGUUAAAAACAUUCUUAAUUAAGUACUUUAGUACGUAUUCUGUUUUCUCAGUACAAAUAAAAAGGACUAAAUUAAGUCAGUGUCACUUAAAAUGACUAAAUCUGCUUUAUUAAGGAUGUUUUUAUAACUUACAAAAUGUAGUUGGUUUAACUUAAAACGUUCGAUAAUCAGUUCCAACUGUUUUCUGAGUUCAAUGAACUUAUCUGUAUCUUCACGGUGUACAUUUGCAUAUUUCCCCGUCGGUGCCUCAUCAUUUCAAAGCCUUUCGGGGUUUAAAAAACAGUUGUUUUUUUUAGGUUGAGUUUGGUGAAAACUUUCCCAGUCGUGCCUUUUGAGUUCAGUGUGUUUUGAUGCCCUCUGUUUCUAUGACAGGACUGUGAUCGUCCUCGAGGAUUCAGCAGCCGGGCGGCUUCUGUGCCUUUAACAUGCAAAGAAAGACCAAAAUCUAAGUUUAUUCUAGUUUAUUGCGUCUUUGUGCGUUUCAUCUGUUAACUCGUUAGUCCUCUUUGAUUUAAGGUCCAUAAAAUACAGGAUUUAAGUGAAUAAAGAUAUGAGCUGUGUAAUGAGCUGUGUGGUGGUUUCAGGAGCCUGAAGAGCGUGGGAAGUUCAGUGUUUGAUGUUUUCUGUGUGCAAAUAUGUCUCUCAGUCAGUCUGUACAUUCAGUGAAAUCAAGUCUUCAUUUAUCUGAAUGUAAAAGUGUUUAUAUUUGAUGUAUUUUGUAUUCUUGCUGUUUGAAUGUGUUACUGGUCAACAGUCUGUUACUCAUGAUGUUUGACUGAUGAACCCAUGUUCACAGAAGUUGGAGACUAAUAAAAUUUAUUCAAUACAUAUAAUCAACA